GGCGCGUCCCGCCCCGCCCCGCGCGGUGCUGAGGCAGCCAUGGCGCCCAGGGGCGGCCCCGGCGGGCGGCAGCAGUCGGAGGAGGACCUGCUGCUGCAGGACUUCAGCCGCAACCUCUCGGCCAAGUCCUCCGCGCUCUUCUUCGGCAACGCCUUCAUCGUCUCCGCCAUCCCCAUCUGGCUUUACUGGAGGAUAUGGCACAUGGAUCUCGUCCAGUCCGCCGUGCUGUACGGCGUGAUGACCCUCAUCAGCACCUACCUCGUGGCCUUCGCCUACAAGAACGUCAAGUUCGUGCUCAAGCACAAGGUGGCCCAGAAAAGAGAAGACGCUGUUUCCAAAGAAGUUACCCGUAAGCUUUCUGAGGCAGACAACAGGAAGAUGUCCCGUAAGGAGAAGGAUGAAAGAAUUCUCUGGAAGAAAAACGAAGUUGCAGAUUACGAAGCAACAACCUUUUCCAUCUUCUACAACAACACUCUCUUUCUGGUCUUGGUCAUCAUUGCUUCGUUUUUUGUGCUGAAGAACUUCAACCCCACCGUGAACUACAUCCUUUCUAUAAGCGCCUCCUCUGGACUGAUCGCCCUGCUGUCUACAGGAUCCAAGUAGACACAACCCACAGUCCGUUUUUGUGGCAGCGUUCAACUUCCAUACGAAAGCAUGAGGGAGGAGUAGGAAUACGUGUUUUUAUGAUGUGACUGCCCGAGGGCCUGGGGGGAGGGUUUCAAGAGAAAAUCAGUGAAUUAUGCAUUGGGUAUCCUUACGUGGUAUUAUUC